GUUCGCACAGUCUGCUUAGCAACUUUGACCGUAUAGCAUACAGCAUCUCAGGAAAGUACACAUGCCAAAUGAAUUAUGGCAUUAAAACUCUUACUUUUCUUCCUUCUUGCUCUGGUGUCAUUAAGCCAUCCGGUCGGUUCAUCAACAGUAACUACUAUUAGACGUAAGAGCAAAGCUCGGACUGAUGUGAAAGCAGAGCAUCUCACUUACGAAUGGACGAUAAAUGAUUUUACUCUUCUCCCCCAAGAAAAGGGACAAUACAUCGAAUCACCAGAAUUUCAUACUGCAAACAACGAUGCAGGAUGGAAACUACGCCUGUACCCACAAGGUUACAACGACGAAAACUAUAUGAGUCUUUAUCUCCAUCUUGCUUAUCAGUCCCUGGGGAGAAUGAGAAUACACUGGAAAAUUUUAAUCAUUAAAUGCGACGAAGUUAAAGUCGAUAAAACCUACGAGGACGUGUAUGAUAGGCCAAGAUUGUUCGGUGAUCCCCAGUUCCUGAAUAGAUCAGAUCUCAUUAAUAUGACGAGUCCUGAAGAUACGUUCAUCAUUCGUGCUGAAAUUGACAUGCCCAUGAAAACUGCUACAGUCCCAAUCUCUAUCACAGAAUCCCUGAAGGAAGAAAUGGAACAUGAUUUGGCGAAAUACAGAUGGACUGAACAUUUUGCACGACUGUUUAAAGAGCCAAAGUUCAGUGAUGUGGUAGUUAUCGCCUCUAAUGAAAGAUUCUUUGCGCAUAAAGUCAUUUUGGCCACCCGAAGUCCUGUUUUCGCAGCCAUGUUCGAGGACAAUCGGACUAAUGAAGUGAGAAUUGAGCAUAUAGCGCCGGUCGGGGUCGAGGCGAUGCUAGAAUUCAUUUACACAGAUGAAGUUACGGAUCUGGACAGACGGGCAAAUAUAUUAUUAGAAGCCGCUUACAAGUUUCAACUACCACGAUUGAAAACCAUGUGCGAAAUGGUCAUUUAUAAAGCACUCAAGGCAUCGAAUGCUGCUGAUUUGUUGAUUCUCACGCACGAGUCCCACUCCAGCAAAUUAAAGGACCAUGUGAUGAACUUCAUUGUUGAUCAUUUUUCUGAAGUGAUGAUAUCGAAAAGUUAUGAGAGAAUGGAAGAGUACCCAGAAUUGUUGACAGAAUUAUUCCAUUCAGCACUCUUGAAAAACGAGCCAAAAACAGAAAAAAAAUAAACUUGAGCCAUAUAUAUAGA